AUGUCUUCGCUUCCAAACUCAGGGACCAUGCUUCCUCCUGCGGUUCGUUACGCCAAGAUAAUUGGGACUGUAGGCUCUGGGGUCCUAGCUGGACUUUACUAUACGCAUUCUCGUCAUACAAUUCCGUCUCUCCUCGAAUCCUCUGUACCUACAGAGAAAAUGGUCAAGAGUUUUAAGAAAAUUAAAGAAACCACCGAUCGACCGAUGUUAUACACGCUUCUUGCUUCCACAUCAUCCUUUGCAUACGUGUCCUACUAUCUAUACUCGAACCCUCCGGACGUAUCGGUAGCAAAGACCACGUUCUCCUCGAGUUCUUUCAUACCCUCAACAACAACCGAGUAUCCGCUUGGAUAUGAGUGGGCAAUGUACGGUGCCUCGACUGUGCUGUUGGCAAUUGUCAUUCCAUAUAGUCAGAUAAUCUUAAAGAAAGCUAAAUCGAGUUUACUGGCCGCUGCGGAAUCAGUGGAGCAGAAUGAGAAAAGAAAAAUGGGGGUUCAAGUUGUGGAUGACAGGAAAGUGAAGAGAGAUUUGGAAGAGUGGAGUUCAAGGAGCACUUUUAGGGCUGGGUUAGCGGGCGCGGCAACGGUUAUAGCAGUGUUUGCUUUGGCAGGUUAA